AUGGGCGCUUUCGACCCUUCGUACCCGCUACUGCCGAUAUCCUGCAUAAUCGGGGCAGUGAUGAUGGUCCUCGUACUCAUGACGAGCUUCGUACGCCAAACAUGGAAUCUGGGCGUCGCCUUCCUGUGCUUCUGGUUGCUUAUGGACCUGACGUUCGGUGCUGCCGGCCUCAUCAUCUGGUCGGACAACGGGGAUAUUCGUCUUUACGUCUUCUGUGAUAUCGCCUCCCACUUGCAGCUCAUGUCCUCCGUCGUCAAACCUAUGGCCACCCUCAUCAUAACCAGACGUCUCUAUCUCAUCGCUCGUCUACAGUCGGUAGAGCUCCCUGGGAAUACUGUAGGACGUAGAGAUGUAUGGAUAGAAUGGACAUUGGGACUGGGCAUCCCCCUACUCGUUGCAGGACCUCUGUACUUCAUAGUGCAGGACGUUCGCUUCGCGGUCUUUGAGGGGUUCGGUUGUACCAACGCCGCCAACGUAUCCAUACUCUCCCUCCUGCUUGUCUUGAGCUGGGGUGUUGUGCCUCCGUUGCUGUCUAUCAUCUUUUACUACCCGCGGGUCGCCAAACUCUUCUACCGCCAAAGGAGAGCCAUCAACCAGUUCUCCCGCAGCGACAACUCCGUCUCAUCAACAAACUACCUACGUAUCCUCGUCCUCGCAAGCCUCGAUCUCAUCUUCACCCUUCCCGUCGGCAUCCUCAGCUUCGCACUAUACCCGCUCGAAUCAGGGGAAGAUGGCGCCCUUCCGUUCUUCCCAGGCUGGACGAGCGUACACACGGAUUGGGCGCCCAGGUCCAUCUCGUAUGCGAAAGUGCAGGCCAGCGGGCCUUUGGUCGUCGCGCGAACGUACUUCAUACCUUGGACAGCUCCUGUGCUCGCGUUCGCCAUCUUCGGUCUGUUUGGCCUGACGAGGGAGGCGCGCGCAUCCUACCGUCGUGCGCUCUAUACGGCGGCAGGGUGGCUUGGAUGGAAGGUCACACCGCGGCAUCGUUUGACCCGCUCAUCUCUGGGCGUCAUUGAGUUCGGAGAGCGCCCAGCGGAUCUUUCUGUUGAUGCUGAGAGCGGAACGCACUCAGGUUUGGAAGGCGCUCAUACGGAACUUCAUCGUGAUGAGAUGGAGGACGACGAGCGUGUGGUGGGCGGCGAGAGUGAGAAGAUCGCGAUGACGGAGGAUUGUUCCUCCAGUAGCGCUGAGGUUGCUGCACAUGCGAAAUCAGCGUGA